GAUCCAAAGACGCGCUCACAGACAAAUGAACUGAAUAAUUGAGAUUCAGUAACUAAACAACAGCGGGGGGAGAGAAGAAAGGCAUCCACCGAUUCCGCCGAUUCCUUGCCACGAUCAGCACCACAGACUUCUCAAUGAAGGAGCCUGAUGCAAUCAAGCUCUUCAUCGGGCAGAUACCCCGAAACCUGGAGGAGAAGGACCUGAAGCCCAUCUUCGAGCAGUUCGGCAAGAUCUAUGAGUUGACGGUGAUAAAGGACAAAUACACGGGGAUGCACAAAGGAUGCGCCUUCCUGACAUACUGUGCACGUGAGUCCGCCCUCAAAGCCCAGAAUGCACUGCACGAGCAGAAGACACUACCGGGGAUGAACCGUCCAAUCCAAGUGAAGCCGGCGGACAGUGAGAGCAGAGGGGAAGACAGGAAGCUGUUUGUGGGCAUGCUGGGAAAACAGCAGACAGACACCGAUGUGAGGAAGAUGUUUGAGCCGUUCGGCAGCAUAGAGGAGUGCACAGUGCUCCGCGGGCCCGACGGUACCAGCAAAGGGUGUGCAUUUGUAAAGUACCAGAGCAACGCAGAGGCCCAGGCCGCCAUCAACGCUCUGCAUGGGAGUCGCACUUUACCAGGCGCCUCGUCCAGCCUGGUGGUCAAGUUUGCCGACUCGGAGAAGGAGCGAGGUCUCCGGCGGAUGCAGCAGGUGGCCUCUCAGCUGGGAGUCAUCAGUCCCAUGACCCUGCACCUCGGGGCUUACAACGCCUACACACAGGCUUUGAUGCAGCAGCAGGCCCUGGUGGCGCAGUCGGCCUACCUCUCUCCUGUUGCCACGGUGGCAGCGGUUCAGAUGCAGCAGCUCGCCGCCCUCAACCCCAGCAGCAUCAUUGCCACGCCGAUCGCAUCCAUCACUCCCUCCUCAGGUACCAGCACUCCACCCUCCAUCGCAGCCACACCUGUUCCUGCUCUGCCUCCACCAAUCGCAGUGAACAGCUACCCCUCUGUGCCAGCUCCACCCAACGGCCAAUCAGCUACUGAAGCCCUGUACACCAACGGGGUUCAUGCCUAUCAAGCUCAGAGUCCUGUCCUGGACCCCCUGCAGCAAGCUUAUACAGGCAUGCAGCACUACACAGCCACCUACCCCGCUGCCUACGGCCUGGUGGGGCAGCCGUUCCCCCACCAGCCCACACUGGUGGCCCAGCAGCCGCAGCAGCCGCAGCAGCUGCAGCAACGGGAAGGUCCUGAGGGCUGCAACAUCUUCAUCUACCACCUGCCGCAGGAGUUCACCGACUCUGAGAUACUGCAGAUGUUCCUGCCUUUUGGAAAUGUCAUCUCUGCCAAGGUCUUUGUCGACCGCGCUACCAACCAGAGCAAAUGCUUCGGCUUUGUGAGCUUUGACAACCCAUCCAGCGCCCAGACUGCCAUCCAGGCCAUGAACGGCUUCCAGAUCGGCAUGAAGAGACUGAAGGUGCAGCUGAAGAGGCCCAAGGAUGCCAACAGGCCUUACUGAAGGAGGAAAACCUAAGAGUUCAAUCAAGAAAACCACUUGGGAUGUCCCAGCCUUUUUUGGUUGUUUGACCAACCUUAUAGCACAGGAGCUACACUUCACAAAAAGCAGUGUCAUGUGUAUGCGCUUACAAAAACAACAAUAACGGCAGUAAUAUCAGCAACAAAUACAUCCACUGAGUCAGCAUCCGCAAUAUCAGAAGUGCUCCAGAUUUCCUAUCAUUCCACAGCUGGAUUCAUUUAUAUUAUGUACAUAUUCUAUUGUCGGCAACAAGAUCUACAUGUUAAGAAAAAGCAUAUCACUGAUGUUAUUCUACUGAACAGGGUUCUACUGUAUAGUGUGAUUUGUGGUCUAUGGCGUUAACAGAAGGCCAGUCUGCACAGUCGGAGGCAAAAGAAAAUACUAUUCUGUAUGAUUACCAUUGGUAAUAUUGUUAUGUAGAGUUAGUUUUAUUAUUUAUACGUAAAUUAAAAACAUGGGGUAAUUAAAGCGGAAGAGAAAUGGAUUUCCUCUCACUGUACAUACCUUGGUUUCAAAAAUGGAGUUAACUGACUUCACGAGUUACGAUUCUCUGCUGCCACUACUUUUCAAAUUAACAAAGCGGAAGGAAGGGCUGGGAAUUUUUCUAUCUUGAUUUUUUACGUUUAAUUUAUUUGGUAAUCAAUUUGAUGAGGGGGGAGAUGCGUCAAUUCCUUUUUUAAUUUAAGAAGAAGAAAAAAAGAGGAUUCUGUGGU